AUGUACAACAAAAUGCUGUCGAUCAGUGAGGAUCAUGGAUUCCGUUCGCUGAGCCACUCCGACUCCACAGAGAACGAUGCUGUCGCCGCACAAGACAUUCUCACGUGUGGCGCCUGCCAGAAGACCUUCGCGCUGUCGGACAUUGUCCGGUUCAUUCAGCACAAGGUGCUGCAGUGCAACAAGGAGAACUAUGGUCAGUGCACGACGCAGGCGCCGAGCAUGGAUCGGGAUGCCGACGAGGGUCGUCCAUUGAGUUUGGUCAAUCGUCGUCCCUCGAUAUCGGCGCCCAUCACAGCGGGCCGCAAAUCGGCGCCAGUUGCCGUCGGUGGGGCAGCCAGUGGGGCAGCCAAUGCGGUGGCAAGUGCGGCUGCAACGGCGGCAGCGGCGGCGGCAACGGCAGCGGCAGCUGCGGUGGCAAACAGUGCGGCAAGUGGUUCACGCAUACACACACCACCACCAAGUCCGGCGGAUUUGCUGGCCGAUGGCGCUAGCAGCACACCCAAAAGAUUGGUUGAUGAGAAUGACAAUACGACGCCGAAGGCGGACAACGAUGCUCUGACCUCGACCACGCCCUUGGAGGCAAGCAACAACAGUCCACGUGCCCCAUCGCAGUCGGAGCUGCCACACAUCGAUGACUGCGACCUGGACGAUGAUGACAAGCCAAAGGUCAAACAGGAGCCCACAUAUGCCGACGAUGAUGAGGAUGAGCAACUGCCACGGACACAACAUCAACAACAACCCGCCGACGAUUGCCAACAGCCGCUGGCCAAAAGGCCCAAAAUGGAGCUGGUUGAUGCCGAGGCCAACACGGUGCAUACAGAGCCAAGCAAUUAUACGUGCUCGACGUGCAAGACCCGUUAUACAUCCGCGUGGCGCCUCAUCCAGCACGUGCAACACUCGCACGGCGUCAAAAUCUACGUGGAGUCAAGCGGUGGCGCCACCUUGACGGUUGCCACGCCCGCCGCCCUCAAUGCAGCGGCCACAGCAGCAGCCAACGCCAAUGCCAACGCCAAUGCCAAUGUUGCCAGCGUUAGCCCAAAUCGCAGCUUAAGCCCAACGGCAGCAGCAUCGCCGGCAGCCAAACGCAACAGCAGCAACAGCAACAACAGCAGCAGCAGCAACAACAACAACAGCAGCAGCAGUAGCAACAAUAAUUCAGUUGGAGCAGCAACAGUUGCAAACACAAGCAGCAGCAGCAGCAAUGCAAGCAGCGGCAAUUCGCCAACGCAGCAAUUGUUGCAGCAACAGCAGCGUGUGCAGCAACAGCAGCAGCAGCAGCAACAGCAGCAACAGCAGCAGCAGCAGCAGAACAUGGCAUCAGCAAUGGCAGCUGGUAUGCGUGUUCAUCCAUUGCUGGCGCCGCCGGAGGCAAUGCAUGCGAAUCCGUUUCAAUUGCUGCGAAUGCCGCUGCCACCAGCAUUGGCCCAGAGCAAUGUAGUUCCUAGCGUGUCGCCACUUUUCGGUCGCCCCACGCCCGCCGAUCACUAUCGGAUGGAGCAGCUGGUGAGCGAGCAGUUUCGUCAUCAUGGCUUCAAUUUGGCUGCCGCGGCAGCUGCUGCUCAGGCGCAGUUUAACGCGAGCAAUCAGCAGCAGCAGCAGCAGCAACCGGGUCAGGGUGUUGUCGUCAAUGUUCCUAAUGCCGUCGAGCAGCGUCCGCCGUCGAGCAACAGCAGUCAGCGUGGCUCAGUGCCGCCUGCCUCCUUGCCACCGCCAUCGCUCAGCUCACAGCAGCAGCAGCAGCAGCAGCAGCAGCAACAGCAGCAACAGCAGCAGCAGCAGCAGCAACAACAGCAGCAACCAAUUGCUGGAGCUGUGAGUCCUGCGUCGGUGAGUUUGGAACCGCAGCAGAUGGAUUUUUACUCGCAGCGAUUGCGUCAGCUUGCGGGCACAACAAGCCCUGGAGCUGGCAACAUUGUUAACUCGAGCUCGCCGAGUCCACGACAGAAGCAAUCGCCGCGUUUCGCGAGCCCCUCGCCCAUCUCCAGCUCCGUGACGACGCCCACGCCGCGUCCCCAUUCGCUGACACCGCCGGAGAGAUGUGUGCCCGCCUCCGCCGAGAAUGGUGCCGGCAAUGCCAAUCUCAUCCAUGGCCUACCGAGCACGCCUCGCUCGGCCAGCACACCGCCCACCAAGCACCAGGCGAACCUCAAUGCCACGGAUGCGAUUGCCACGGAGUUGCUGGCGGCGAACUGCUUUGCCUGCGGCUAUUGCGACAAGAAGUUCCGGUUCGAGAACAAUCUGAUCAUACACCAGCGGACGCACACGGGUGAGAAGCCGUACAAGUGUACGGCCUGCGACUUUGAGUGCUCGCACAUCCAGAAGCUGAUGAAGCACAUGCGCGUCCAUCGCAGUCCCGCCGAGGCGCAAGACGGCAGCAGCAGCAAUGGCGGCGGCGACAACAAUCAGGAUGGUCACGAUGGCGGCAGCAAUGCCGACUCCCUGGAGACCAACGAGGCUGACAACGACGAUGAUCCCAAUCCCGAUGAGUCCGAUGAGGAGCUCAAUGAUGAGGAUGCCGAUGCCGAUGCGGAUGCGGAUGCGGAUGCUGAAGGCGAAGGUGAAGAUGAUGAUGAGGAUGAGCUGGAUGAUUGCGAGGAUGUCGACUAUGAGGCCGAAGAUCUCAGUGUGAACAAUCGCAUCGAUGGCAAGAGUCAAAGUCCCAAGACGACCAGUUCGGGUGCCACCUCAUUGGUGGGUGAGCUGAUGGACAAGUUUGGACUGUCGAACAUUGCCCAAUACUCCGAGGCGUACAAGCAGGCGUUGCAGGAGUCGGGACGCAAGGAGGCGGCCGCUGUGGCCGCCGCAGCAGCAGCUGCUGCCGCCGUCGACAACAACAAUCGCAGCUCAGCGGCAGCAGGCGCUCCUGGAGCGGCCGGACAGCCACUGUCCGAUAAACUGAAUGGUUUGCCGGUGGCCGCAUUGAGAUUGCGGGAUGAGUUCGCCAAGAAUUGCAACAUGUUCCAGCCGCAGCCGCAGGAGGCGCCCGCCCAGGUGCCGCUCUUCAAUCCCUUCCCCAAUCCCUUCGAGCUGUCCAAGCGCAUGAAAAUGGACGGUGGCGACUGGUGGGGCAUGUCCGCCCUGCACCGCAACGAGGCGCUGUUCGAGAACCUCAAGCUGAAGCCUCUGGGACUGGGCGGCGCCAACUCGCUGCUGCAAGGACCUCUGCUCAAGAAGGAGAGUCGGCAGCGCAACGACACCUGCGAGUUCUGCGGCAAGGUCUUCAAGAACUGCUCCAACCUGACGGUGCACCGUCGCAGCCACACCGGCGAGAAGCCCUACAAGUGUGAGCUCUGCUCCUAUGCCUGCGCCCAGAGCUCCAAGCUCACCCGCCACAUGAAGACGCACGGACGGACCGGCAAGGAUGUGUACCGCUGUCGCUUCUGCGACAUGCCCUUCAGUGUCCCCUCCACGCUCGAGAAGCACAUGCGCAAGUGUGUGGUCAACCAGGGCAAAGCUGCCGCUGCUGCCGCCAAUGCAGCAAAUGCGGUUGCUGCCGCACAAGCAGCUGCUGCCGCACAGCAAUUGCAGGCUGCCGCCGCCCAGGCACAACACCAGCAACACCAGCACCAGCAGCAGCAGCAGCAGCAACAACAAUUACCCUCGCAGUCACAGCUAUCGCCUGCCUGCCCCAUGGGCGUGGCUGUCGGCUUCCCGCCCCAAUUCGGACACAAUCUGUCGCUGCCGGGCAGCGUGAGCGGGGACAACGAUUCGAAUGCAUCUUCCAGCCUGCCAGCGCACUCCAUAUCUCUCAAGGAGGAGGCAUGACUUUUUAGCAGCUGGAGCAGCAGCCACCCGCCACCAGCACCACCACCGCCACCACCACCACCACCAACACCAACCGCA